CCGAACGGGAGGGCAGGGACUGCUAUCAAGCGUACACACGGGAAAGCGGAAGCUAUAGGUGGAAAUGUGUUUUGCAGCGAUGAGACGCUAGAGUUAUUGUCACAUAUAUGGCAAAAUAUUGUUGUAUAAACCAAAGACGUCGGAUAGACCCGGAUACAGAUGUUAUUUAAAAGCAAUAUUUGACAGCGCCCUCUUUAAAAAGUGGCUAACUCCGCGCUACAACUGACAACAAGGAGACAGCAACGUGAGAGUAAUGUCGGCCAAAACAAUGGCAAGUAAAGGCAAAGACAGCGGUGAAGUUAUCAAAAACUACCAUAAACAGGCGUUUGAGUAUGUAUCGAAGGCAUUAAGGAUCGACGAAGAUGAUUCAGCAGAGAAAGAGGAGGCUGUGCAGUGGUACAAAAAGGGGAUAUCUGAGCUUGAAAAGGGUAUUGCAGUAGAGAUCACGGGACAAGGAGAGCACUAUGACAGAGCAAAGAGACUCCAAGAUAAAAUGGUCACCAAUCUCACCAUGGCUAAAGAUAGGCUUGCUUUAUUAGAAGCAACAAUGGCAGCUAAAAGGAGGAGUGAUCCACAGAAGACCCCAAACCAUGUUCUUCCACAACCAAAGCCUGUGCCUAAAAGCCAGCCUGCAGUGCGAGGUGUGUCCACUAACAUCAGGCCCUCCUCUGCUGUCAGACCCCCAUCCAGAUCCACUGAUCCAAAGGUGAUCCCACGGGGGGGAAAAGCUCAAAAUGGAAAACCUACAACUGUGAGACAGCCCCCGAAGAGGGAUAUGAGAAACUUCAAGAAUGUGGACAGCAAACUGGCCAACUUGAUUCUGAAUGAAAUUGUUGACAAUGGAGCGACUGUAUCCUUCGAAGACAUUGCGGGACAGGACCUGGCCAAGCAAGCACUCCAAGAGAUUGUCAUCCUCCCUGCCUUAAGACCAGAGCUCUUUACUGGCCUGAGAGCUCCAGCACGUGGUUUGCUUUUAUUUGGCCCUCCUGGCAAUGGAAAAACCAUGCUGGCCAAAGCAGUCGCAGCGGAGUCAAAAGCCACAUUCUUCAGCAUCAGUGCCGCCAGUUUGACCUCCAAAUAUGUGGGAGAGGGCGAGAAGCUUGUCCGAGCGCUGUUUGCGGUUGCCAGAGAAUUGCAGCCCUCGGUCAUCUUCAUCGAUGAAGUCGACAGCUUGCUCUGUGAAAGGAGGGAGGGAGAACAUGAUGCCUCUCGUCGAUUAAAAACCGAGUUUCUCAUUGAGUUUGACGGGGUGCAGUCAGGAGGAGAUGACAGGGUGCUCGUAAUGGGAGCGACCAACAGGCCUCAGGAGCUCGAUGAAGCAGUACUGAGGCGCUUUGCAAAAAGGGUUUAUGUGGCUUUGCCGGAUGCGGAGACAAGAUUCACGUUGCUCAAGAACCUUUUAGGAAAGCACGGGAAUCCACUCAGCAAAAGUGAGCUGACCCAUCUCGCAAAAGCGACUUCGGGAUAUUCAGGAAGUGAUCUCACGUCAUUAGCCAAAGAUGCUGCGCUUGGGCCGAUCAGAGAGUUGGGACCAGACCAAGUCCGAAGUAUGGCUGCUAGUGAGAUGCGUAACAUAAAGGUGAAAGACUUUGAGGAUUCCCUGAAGCGCAUUAAACCCAGUGUCAGCCCAGCAACUCUUAAUAUGUAUACCAAGUGGAACAAAGAUUUUGGUGACACAACAGCUUUUUGAACUUUACAGUUUUCUCUUGUAAAAAACAACAACAAAACUGGAAAUCGAGUAACAGCUGACUCCUCUGUUUUAUGCUACGGGUACAAGACGUCAUUAACACAAAUUAACUUAAACCAACCCUUGGCAGGCUGGUAAAGCUAUAAUGUAAAAUAUUAUGACAUUUGGAAAUGUCUUACGUUCCCUGUUUUAUGGGAAGGCUUUGGUAGUAAGAUUUCUAUGCGUUUUCUUUCUUAUAACAGCCCUGAAACACUGUCUUGCUACUUGAAAAUUCCUUAUUUAUUCUCAAGAAUGUCCUGAAAAUUUUCAAGUGAUUUUUCUCUUGCCUCAAGAGGGCAGCAAGUUUCUGUAAAUCCUGACAUAACCUUUUUGAUUUAGAUCAUUUUACACAUCCACACUAGUUACCCGGUGUAUUGACAGGUUGAUGGUACUGAUCACCAAGUGCUCGCUGUACUUACGAGAAUGACGAUGAUUGGGAGAAGAGUCGCCAAAUGUGGUGCAAUUGUAUUAUAAGUUGUUGUUUUUUUUCGUUUGCACUGAUAGUCUGUAGAUACAAAUACUUUUAUUGUGCUUGGAAGUAGGAGACCUAAUGAAUUGCUGUGUUGGCCAAUAAGAAAAGAGAAAAGUAUUCAAUUGAGCAGAAGUGUGACGACUUCCUACUUUUCCUCAUGUAUCAAUAAAUACAUUAAUUAAAGUUU